CAUGUUCGGCCUGGCCGUGGAAAACCUGGGAGACAUUAAUCAGGAUGGUUUCUAUGAUUUUGCAGUGGGAGCUCCUCACGCGGACAAAGGUGCAGGGAAUGUUUACAUCUAUCACGGAGCUCCUACGGGUCUCAGCUCUAAAAAUGCUGCACAGGUUCUGUCAGGCAAGUCUUUUGGAGUGAAGCAGUUUGGCUACUCUUUGGCAGGCAACAUGGACCUGGAUAAGAACUCCUACCCUGACCUGGCUGUCGGAUCCCUCUCUGACUCUGUUUUUGUCUUCAGAGCACGUCCUGUUGUUAAUAUCAAGAAGGUAAUCAAGUUCACACCGAAGGAAAUCGACCUCACCAAGAAGAACUGUGGCAACAAUUUCUGCUUGGAGGUGGAGGCAUGCUUCACCUACACUGCCAGCCCCCAGAGCUACGCUCCCAAACUGACGGUGGACUACUCCAUUGAGGCGGAUGCUGACCACAGAAAGAACGGUCUUAUCCCUCGGGCGGCCUUCUCCGAGCCCUCUGAACAUACCUAUGAGUCUAAAGGGACCGUCACCAUGAACAGCAAAGGAAAAGAAGAGUGCAUUAAACGUGGACUUAUCAUACAGGAAAAUAUCAGAGACAAGCUGCAUGGCAUCCCCAUUGAUGUGUCGGUGGACAUCAAGGAUGCAAAGCGUAAACGCAGGCAGAGCUCCACUCAACUGCAACCUGUCUUGGACGCCAAAGAGUCAUCGCCAACUCGUUCAAUGUUGAAUUUCCUGAAGGAGGGGUGUGGCAGCGACAAUGUUUGUCAGAGCAACUUGCAGGUGAAAUAUCGCUAUGGCUACAGAACAACUGACGAAGACACGUUUACCCCAUUAGCUCU